UCAGUCGUCCGCGAACUAUUACAGCGUGCGGUUGGUUGAAAUUUUCUGGCUUGGGGGCGAUUUUGCGAUUUUUUUUUUGCGAAAAUACAAACGAGAAAAACUAUUUUUGUGUCAUCAGUUACGUUAUUUAAUUUAUUCUAUUCUCGGCAGGUUAUUUGCAAUUAAAUAAACAUUUUUCAUAUGUUUUUUUUUUCUGUUCAAACGCUCCCUCUUUAUGUGUCAUAUGAAUGAACUGCUAAAUCGUUAGAGCUAACAAAAAGACUGUUUUUUUUGUAUACGCGCGCUAAACAAAAGUCCACAAAAUAGUGACCAUGAUAAGCUAGACAAUAGUGAGCGUGUAUUUGAACAAAAAGCUAAUCUCUGAAACGGCAAAUUCCCUUUGAGGUUUAUCAGGGUUUGUCAUUUUCGUAAAGUCGGGCAAGAAGUAGAAAAGCAAAACGUACAACGUGUGUUUUUUUUUGGAAUUACAGAACCCAUCAUCUUUAAGGAAAAAAAAAAUGAAAGCCGUCAAAAAUAAAUCCCGCCUUUUGUUGGGUCUACGCAGAUCCCCCGCAGAUUUGACCACAGCCAAGUACAUCUACUACUAUGGACCCAGCUAUGGCGAUAGCUCGAUCUAUGAGCUCGAUGAUUUCGAGACCAUGAUGCAAGAUCCCAAAUUUGAUAAGACUCGCAACACGGUUCUAUAUCUGCAUGGUUAUAUUGAGAAUCCCGAUGUUGAGAGCAUUCAUGUGAUAGUAGAGGCCUAUCUGAAGCGCACCGACACAAAUCUCAUAGUGCUGGACUGGGGUGAGUUGGCCGAUGGCAAUUAUGCCUUUGAUGCUGUGGUCAAUGCCAAACAGCUGGGACCGGUUUUGGCCAAACAUCUGUUGAAGCAAUUCGAUAAUGGUUUGGACAUUGACAAAUUUCACAUAGUGGGUCAUUCAUUGGGUGGCCAAAUGGCCGGCAUUAUUGGCAGAGAAGUUUGGGAACGCAGCCAAAAGACCAAGAAAAUCAAAAGAAUAACCGGCCUAGAUCCCGCCUUUCCCCUUUUCUAUAUGGGUGGCUUGGCCCGUCACUUGUGUAAAUAUGAUGCUGAAUUUGUGGAUGUCAUGCAUACCGAUGCUUGGAUCUAUGGAGCCCCCAGUAGUGCGGCCACCGCUGAUUUUUGGCCCAAUGCCGGCAAGACUCUGCAGCCGGGUUGCCCCAAAAGAAAUUAUCGCAUGCUCACCGAUAAUGAUUUGUCUAGUCAUCGUCGUUCCUGGUGGUUUUGGGCCGAAAGUGUGGCCGACAAAUAUCCGGAUAAAUUCAAUGCCGUUAAGGCCAAAAAUUGGUCUGAUUUCAAGGAGGGCAAGCUGAUCAACGAUGAUCGCCUGCAUGUGGUCAUGGGUCACAAAUGUCCCACCAAUAUUUCUGGAGAUUAUUUCCUACAGACAAAUGGCUCGAAACCUUAUGCUCGUGGAGUGGCUGGUACACGGUACAUAGAACCCAAAGAGUUGCCAGGUUUUAAAUACUGCGAAGAGGAGGAGUUGAGGACAUAGCUUAAGUUUAGUUGAGUAAGGUAAAAAAAUGGAAAAAUAAGGAACACUGAAUAGCUAGUUUUGAGUUUAUAAAACUUUUUUUUUAAUUUUUAAAAGUUUUUAUGUUAUAAAGUUUUUUUUUGUAGAAAUUCUUUUUUAUAAAUUUUUUUUUAUAAUUUUUUUUUUAUACAUUUUUUUACCAUAUAACAUUUUUUUUGUUGAAGUUUGAAUUAUGAGAACGAAUUUAUUACUACUUAAAAUAUAAAAAAAAUCUAAAAAAAUAGGUUUGUUAUUUUUUUUUUUAUUUUUUUUAUAUUUCUUUUUUUAUAAUGAAAAUCCCUUCAUUACCCUAUUAAACAAAAGCUUUAUGUAUAUAAAAUUUUUAGUUUUAAUUAACAUCUCUUAAGCCUCAGAUUUCCUUAGAAAGUGUAGCA